AUGUGGCAACAUCGUGCACUGAAAGAGGACCAGUUGAGGUCUGGGGCUAGAUUCACUCUGCCCGCCCUGUGUGACAACAAAAGCCUGCUGAUCGGCAGACCACAGCUUCAGAGCAGCAAAGGGCUGAAGCUCGAGGAGGAAAUCGCCUGUACACUGGCUGAAGAUGUUUCACGGAUCCCCUCUGCCAUUCGUGGCACCAUGCGGCAUCUGCACUCUCGGCACUUGGAGGUCAGCCAGUGGCAGGCCCAGAUAUCUGAGAGCAUUGGGCGGGUGGACGGGGAAAUCACUGCAAUGGAUCUGGUGAAAGACAUGGCUGAGUCCUACCUCCAGGAGAAGCAGUUGUACAGUCAGCUCAUGGGCGACUGUGUGGCGGUCAAACAAAGCUUGAGCACAGCCGUCCUGACACAGGACCACGUCCUUAUUCAGCUCAAGAAAGAAGAGCAGCUUAACAGCGAGAUCAGAGAGCUGCUGCAGAAGCAGAUCCGCAUCCUGCUCAACAAGCAGAGCUCUCUGAAGGCGAUCCGCUCUCAGCUGCUGGCAUAUUUUCAGGAGAAGGGCGAAGCCCUGAAGCUCACCACCGAAUGCAUCACCCAUGAGGUCAACACCCUGAGGUCCCAGCUCCCUGCCGGUCAAUACAAACCCAACUAUGUGAGCUACAAGAAGUGGCUGACCCAAUGCCAAGACCUGAGGCUGAUGGCUGAUAACCUGAUUAAAGAAUCUUCCACCUUCAGGGGAAAUCUGUGGUUCACCAUGGCUAAUAUGAAAAAUUCCCAAGAGCGUCAGCGCCGCAGCACACAUGACUCCCUGAGGAAGAAGAUCAAUGAGCUGUGCAGGGUCCAGGACAUGAUGAUCUGGGAGAGGCAGCAGAUAAAAGAUGAGAUUUCUGAUCUGACCAAGGAUGUACAGAAAAUGAUGGGUCAGAUUAGAAACUGUGACUCCAAGCUGCAUCAGGCCACCCACCGCCUGGACAUCCUCAACCAGAGACCUGGACACGAAUGCUGCCUGGACCGGCCCCACAUCAGCCUCACAUUGGAGAAACAAGACCUGGCAAAGAUGGCAGCUGGACUUCACCUAGUUCUGAAGCGCUGCCAGCAAGACCUGGAGCUCACACGCAGGCGUCUGAUGAUUCUGGAGAACAAACUGGGCAAAAAUGCUCAAGCCCUUCAAGUGGAGCAGAAAUGUCAGAACCUGCACGAAAGCUUCCUGCCUGCGCUCAACACCACUGUGGUCCUGGCCAACAAGCCCAAAUUCCACACGACCACGGGCCUCUCUGAUCCUCUCGCCUACUUACAGUAGAGCCAGGUGGAGUGCAUUAGCACUCUACUGCACCCCUGUGGUCUUUUCCAUAUGGUGUUGCAAAAUUGAAUAAAAUAU